AUGAGGCCCAUCCUUCUCAAGGGACACGAGCGUGCCAUCACGUGCGUGGUGUACAACAACGACGGGGACCUCGUGUUCACGGCGGCGAAGGACCAGAUCCCGUCCCUUUGGUACGCCAAGACCGGGGAGCGUAUUGGCACCUACCAGGGACACCAGGGGGCGGUGUGGGACCUUUCGGUGUCAUGGGAUUCGACGCGCAUGCUCUCGGCUUCGGCGGACGCCUCGGCGCGCAUGUGGGACGUGCAGACCGGGCGGGAGCUGGUGGUGUACAACCACAUGGGGCCGGUGCGAUCGGUCUCGUUCGCGGAGGGGGGUCAGCGGUUCGCGACGGUGUCGGACCCUUUCACCGACAGCCCGGGUCUCAUCUCGGUGUUUGAGGCCCCGGACGAUGUGCCGACAGACCAGUUGGAAAAGAUUGCGUGUUUGGAGAUCGACCUGCCUCCCAAGAUGAAGGCGACGAAGGUGGUGUGGGGGGCGUUGAAUGAGAAGCUUAUCGUCGCGUACGCGGACGGAACCAUCAGAACGUUCGACCCCUUCGACGGGACCGAGCUCGAGUACGCCCAGGUAGGGACUCGUCAAGGGAGGAGUUCGGGGGUGCACUCGAAGGAUAUCAACCGAUUGUGCAUCAACAAGGACCGGACGCUGCUGCUCACUUGCUCCAAGGACUACACGUCCAAGCUCCUCGACGCCAACACCCUCCAGGUCCUGAAGACGUACAAGACGGACCGGCCGGUGAACGCCUCUGUCAUGCACCCAACCAAGGAACACGUGAUCCUCGGGGGAGGGCAGGACGCCAUGUCCGUGACCACCACCUCCUCGAACGUUGUGUGUGGACUGCAAGGAGGGGCGGUCGGGUAGCCUCAAGGACACCAUUUCCUCGGUGCAGUGCAUGACACCCCCGCAUCGGUCUUGCCCAGAGGGAAAUGGGGGGCACGUUGGCUGGCAACCAGAGACGCCCCCGCAUCGGCCUUCCUCUUCGCAUAGAGUGGGGUAGAGGGAAAUGGGGGGCACGGUGGCUGGGAACCAGAUCAUGAGUAGGGCGACCCCUCGCCUUGGUGAGCAGGCAUGCCCUUUGUGGGAGGGAAAAUAUUGGAGAUCCACUUGCGGUGCAUCGUUCAUCUUGGCAAGCCAUAACCAAGGGCGUGUGCACCCUGUCGUAGACUUGCAUACGUGCAUGGUUGGGACGGACAUCGCAUAGUUCAGAAGAUGCUCAAGAACGCAUGCCCCUUAUCCGCAGAGAAAAUGUAUUCCGAGCCACGUGCAGCAGUGUGUCGUCCGUUGUGCUUGAAACAGGGAGAUCCCCCGUUGUUUUGGCAACUGCAAAACAUUUGUCGUCACGAGACCCCGGCGACGAGGUAGAAUCAUUCGACCACCUAGCGCCAACACCUUGCACGAGAAAGGUUUACGGUU